ACCAAAGCCUAGCAAGGAACCAGUCAAACUAAAUUGAAAGGAUGGCGCGUCACGCUCCCUUCACUGUCUUAACCUUCGUCUGCCUCGUGCUAAUGGCCCUCUCCUCCGUCGCCUUCAUGCCUGUGCGCCCUGCCCUUUCUUUGAGUAAAAUGCGCGCUGCAACACUCUCGGGACCUUCCUCCCGCAGCCCUAGCGGCCGCUCCAAGGGACUGACAGCAAUGUCUGGGAAAUACUGGGAGGGAGAAUGGGUGUGCGCGGACUGUGGGUACAUUUACAACGAAGCGGAUUGCGGCGGGAUGCGUUUCGAAGACCAAAAGACGGGCUUCAAAUGCCCGCAAUGCUCGGCUCCCCGUCGGCGGUUCGCGAAAAAAGUCGGGGACAAAAUCGGGGUCACCAACGACGGAGGAGACGCGCCCAUCCUCGUCUUCUCCAUCGUGGGAGGCCUGGCGGUGAUCGGCUUUGGCAUCUACGCGGCCCUUUCCGGGAUUUAAAUUUAAACGCACAUUUAAAUUCAAAAAGAGCGUUACGGAGGCCUCCUGCAGGCAUUUACAAAUCCCUCUGGAAGGAGAAAGGACAGGGUUCAACUCGAGGGGGGCGGCCGUGGCAGGCGAGAAAAAUGGCGCGAACGCACGCACGCCGUCUUGAAUGAGAGGGUAUGGAGGCAUCACAUCCAUUGCAUUGGAUGUGGUGAGAUUGAAAAGAUUGAAAAGGAUGCCAUAGCAGGGCUCCAGAUAGAAGAAGAGUGGGAGUCUGUGCAGUUGAAAACGGGUCAUGUUGGAGAGGGGGGGACCAGGAGAAGGCUUCUUCAGAGAAAUCUGAGAGGAGGAAAAAAAGAAAACACAAACCACAUGACAUA